AUGGAAUCGACUUCAACACAGUCAAGGACUACAGUAUCCACGUCCACGGAGUCAACGACAACAGAAACGCCUUCGACAGAGUCAACUACAACAGAAUCAACUUCAACAGAGUCAACGACUACAGAGUCGACCUCCACAGAGUCGACGACUACAGAAUCGACGUCCACGGAGUCCACGACAGAAACACCCUCAACAGAGUCAACUACAACAGAAUCAACUUCAACAGAGUCAACGACUACAGAGUCGACCUCCACAGAGUCGACGACUACAGAAUCGACGUCCACGGAGUCCACGACAGAAACACCCUCAACAGAGUCAACUACAACAGAAUCAACUUCAACAGAGUCAACGACUACAGAGUCGACCUCCACAGAGUCGACGACUACAGAAUCGACGUCCACGGAGUCCACGACAGAAACACCCUCAACAGAGUCAACUACAACAGAAUCAACUUCAACAGAGUCAACGACUACAGAGUCGACCUCCACAGAGUCGACGACUACAGAAUCGACGUCCACGACGUCCACGACAGAAACACCUUCUACAGAGUCAACGACGACAGAAUCGACUUCAACAUCGACCUCAACGCGGCCAACAACAACAACAACGACGAAUGCUCUCCCUUCCAAUCCUAAACACUUGUACGGAAACUUCAUCUAG